AUGCCGGAAGGAUCUCCCUCUCAGGUCAUGCACGCGGAGGUCUUGGGCCAGCCGGCCUCACUCGUGAAGGUGGCCAUCCCGAGCGGUGCCACUGCGGGGCAGCAGAUCAACUUCACCAUGCCCAACGGCCAGCGUGUGACGACCUCCGUACAGGAGACGGUGCAGCCUGGAGCAGUGCUCACUGUGUCAGUGCCUGCUCCAGAAGUGGUGGCCGCACCUGCGGUAUCUGCAGUACCUGCAGCACCAGUGGCAACCGAUAGCCUUGCGCAAGCGCGGGAGGUGUUGCUUCCGCAGCCCGUGGUGAAUGCCGACGAGGCGGACCGGCAGCAAGCCAUGAUGACCUGGGCGGCCUUCGGCGCCAGCUUCCUGGUGUGCCUCGUGUGCGGCCUGCCGUGCGCCUGCUGCAUUUGGGGCGCCGUUGCCCUGAACUACUUUUGCAAGCCUAUGGAGGAGCGGCGCCGGAGCCCCCGCUCCUUCGGGCCGGCCUGUGCGUCGGUGGUGACUGCAGGCCGAUGA